AUGCCCUUUGAUCCAGCCUUCCUGCUCAGCUGUGCUGUCUCCAAUGUCAUCUGUGUCGCUGUCUUUGGGAACCGAUAUGACUACAAUGACAAGAAGUUCCAAGCCUUUAUGUCCUUAAUGAAUGACAGCUUCCAUAUUGCAAGCUCCUGUUGGGGACAGUUGUACAAUCUCUUACCUUCUUUCAUGGCAUUUAUUCCUGGGCCUCACCAUAGAGUGAAGAAAAACAAUGAUGCACUGAGGGAGUUUGUUUUAGAAAAGAUUGAAGGACACAGAACUACCCUGGGCCCCACCACACCUCGGGAUUUUAUUGACGGCUUCCAUACUAAGAUGGAUCAGGAGAUGCAUAGCAGUGCUUCUGGAUUCACCACGGACAAUUUGGUUAUCAGCAUACUUGACUUGUGUGAGGCAGGAAUCGAGACGAUCAGUGCUACACUAAAAGACGGGCUCUUAAUUCUGCUGAAAUACCCAGAGAUUCAAGAGAAAGUACGUGAAGAGAUUGACCAAGUCAUUGGCCAAACCCGAAGACCUUGCAUGGCUGACCAUGGACAGAUGCCUUACACCAACGCUGUCCUUCAUGAGAUGCAGAGGUUCAUCUCUGUCAUUCCACUGAAUGCCCCACAUGCAGUGGUCAAGGACACUCCCUUCCGGCGGCAUAUCAUCCCAAAGGGCACCACUGUAUACCCUGUUCUGAACUCUGUGCUGCGUGACUGCAAAGAAUUUCCAAAUCCUGAAGAAUUUGACCCCCAUCAAUUCUUGCAUGAAGACGGCACCCUCAGGAAGAGCGACUUCUUCAUGCCUUUCUCAGCAGGUAAGCGGAUUUGUUUGGGGGAAAGCCUGGCUCGCAUGGAGCUCUUCUUGUUCUUGACCACCAUAUUGCAAAACUUCACACUGAAGCCCCUCGAUGACCCUGAAUUCAUCGAUAUCAAGCCGCAGUUAAGCAGUUUUAUCAACUUACCUUGUUCCUAUAAACUCUGCUCUCCCAUGCUGAAAAGGUUGACUCAGGACUACUUACAGCAAUCUCAUGGCCUAGCAGAGAUGCCAUCCUGGAUUGCUUGA